AUGGUUUCAGAGCCACCCUUCUGCGGCUGCCCCGUGCAGGUCGCUCGGCAGGCAAUCCUUUCCUUUUCGCAGCUGACGGCGCUGCUGCCUCGCGACGCCGCGGCGUCUGCGGCCCAGCACGCGCUGCAUCGCCUAGAUUCGCGCGGCGCGGAGGACGCGGCAGUGGCUGCAGCGCGGCUGUUUGCGCACUCGGCAGCCCACUGGUCACAGGAGGCGCUGCACGAACGAGUACCGGACCUGCUGCGGCGGUGGUGCAGCCAUCGCGACUUUAGCGUGCGCGAGGCGGUGGCGUGCUGCAUGAGCCUCAUCGGCGAUCACCUGCCAGUUGACGUGUGGCAGUGCGCGCUGCUGCCCUGGUUCUCGCAGCUGUGCCGCGACAACAACUGGCGCGUGCGUCGAGCAGCGGCAGUCGACCUUCCGCGCCUUGCCGGCAAGCUGCACCGCCAGCAGCAGCGCGUGCUGAGCCGCGCGGACAGCACAUGCAGCUGCUUCAGCGCUCUGGAGGACGUCGGCGGCUGCGGGGACGCGUGCUCAAAUGAACGCAGCUGCGUCGGCGUGCCCCCGCGCUGCCCGACGAGCGGUGUGCCGCUGGAGCCGCUCGGCGUGGCCGCCACUGGCAUGUGCGCACACGCCAAAGCAGGCAGCGCCAGCGGCUCCCUGGGGCGCAGCCAGCGCGGCGGCAUGCGAGGCGCCGGCAGCACGGCGUCCUCCGCUGCGCUCUCAUCGCACGUCUGGUCGGCGCAUGUGAUGCGCCCAGCUGUGGGGGCGCCGGCCCGCAGCAUGGGCAAGCACCCGCUCAGCAGCAGCCUGCUCACUGACACGCCAAAGCCGCUCGGCAGCAUCAUCCCGCAGUCGCUGUCGUCGUCAUCUUUGUCGUCUGCGGACGACCGCCUCGUCACUGGCUCGCCGCUGGGUGAGGCGUCGCCGCGGUCUGACGCGGGGCUGCCUGAGUCCGCGCUGGGCGCCUCGCGCCUGGGGGCCGCUGGUGGCGGCGGCAGCAGCAGCAAUAGCAGCAGCAGCAAUAGCAUCAACAGCAGCAGCAGCAGCGCUAGCGGCGGCACCGGCGCGCCGGCAGGCGCCGCCGAGGAGGGCGACGCGGCAGACGUGAAGGCGGGGGCGUCAGGGCCGCAGUGCGAGCUGGCUUUGGAGCAGUCCGAGCUGCACACCUGCUGGGCAACCAUGCGCGAGUGCAUUGACACGCUUACGGCCGACAGCAGUCACUGGGUAAAGGUCACGGCGCUCGGCGGCCUGGGCCCGUGCCUGCUGGCACUGCCGCCCUGCCAGAUCAGCAGCCUGCUCGUCGGCCGGUUCGUGGCCAUGGGGUCCAGCACAACUGUGAUUUCAGAGAUCAGUGUUGCGCUAGCGUGCGCGCAGAGCCUAGGAAUGGUCGCUUCCCGCCUGGGCCCCGCACGGUGGCCCGACGUGCGGCCGGCUUUCGGCCACCUGCAGGCGUCGCGAGACCCGGUGGUGCUGCAGGAGGUGGUGGCUGCGCUGCCUUUGAUGGCGCAGCAGCUGGGGCCCGAGGUGCUGCGCACCGACCUGCUGCCGGCGCUGCUGUCAAUCGUGCACGACCACCUGUCAUGGGUCGACGCGGCGUUUGUUGCCGCCGUCCCGCCGCUGCUGGAGGCGCUUCCGGCGGCUAGCCACGAGCCGCUGCUGCGCCUCAUCUCGCGGCUGGCACAGGGCGGCGCGCACCACGAGCGCUGCCGUGCGUGGCGGCUGCGGCGCGGCAUAGCGGCAGAGCUCGGGCGCAUGGCGCGCGCGUCACAGCUGGCCGCCAUUACGGACGUGCUGUGGCCGGCGGCAGUCGCUCUGUGCUCUGACCCAGUAGCUGCGGUGCGCGACGCGGCGGCGGUCCAAAUGGGGCCGCUGCUCGCAGCCCUGCUGCCGCUGAUUCCGGAGGCACAGCUGCAGCAGCAGCGGCAGGAGGCGCAGCUCGCGCAGCAGCUGGAGCAGGGAGGCAAGCUGCAGGAGCAGCAGCGCCAGUCGGCUGCAACGCUGAUCAUGGACGCUCGUUAG